GAGGAGCAACCGAUCUCUCCACGAGAAAAUAAUUUCUGUUCUUCUCUACAUUCGUCCGAGGGCUGCGGAUGCUCACGAUGGCAUCUUCUUCAGAUUCCUCCGAUGCCGAGAGAACAGCGCUGAGGAAGCAGCCGCAGAGAAAAUCCCCAAUAAUAUACCUAAUUCCCCUAAUCUACGCUCCAGUUCUUCCCUUAAUUCGAAUUACUAUGAGGCAUAACCCUGUGGUUAGGGAUCGAUUGUUCUAUGGAGUUUUGGCUGGUGCUUUCGCUCAUGGCGUCUACGUGAUAGGCGAUAAAUAUGAUAUUGAGAGCAAGUAAAACGCAAGAAGUGUUGAAGAUGAAUUCUGGACCUCAUCAUCUCCCCCUAAUUACGAAGUUCAACAGUAUUUUCAUAUUUAUAACAUUUUUUACACCAUCUUGUUUCUUAAUGGUUCAAUUAUUACUUUCUGAUUAGAAUAAUUGAUGGGUAGUCUUGUGAAAUUUACCAAAACAAAUGG